GAUUCAAACUUCAGGAAAUGAAAUUGUUGUUUAGGCAACGGUCACGUCGCCAGCAGAGUGAAUUAAAGGCGUUUUCGUCCUCAGUUGAACCUAACACUCCACAUCUUAAGAGCCAUGGCAUCUAAAGGUGCCAAAGAAACUCUUGUCUCCAAAUUGGGGUUUAAAUCCAACAGCUCUGGCUCGAAGGCUGAUGCAGAGCUGGAGCGGGUCAGAAAGGAGAACGCUCAUUUGAGGAAGAAGAUGGACGAGCUGGCCAAAAGACACAUCAAGCCACCCGACUCUGACAAGAGCAAGCUGCUGGAGAGGAUUCUUUCCCUUGAGACACUGCGUGAGAGGAACAAUCAGCAGCUACUGGUUAAGGAGCAGGAACUGGAAGCUCUAAGACAACAGCUGUCAGCUAAGGGAGGAGAGGUAGUGGCGUCGCUGCAGGCCCAGUUGGAGCAGCGCAGGAGAGAGGCAGAGCAGAGAGACGCAAUGUUCCAGAGCUUGUCACAGGAAACGGAGAAUCUGAAAAACAAGCUGGCCACAGUUUCUGCUCGUUGUCAGUCCCUGGAAACACAGGCCGCGAACGGGCAGGCACCUGCUGCAGAGUUGGUACGAGUGCAAGAUCAACUCAAAGAUGCUCUUGAAAAGAACCAGCAGUGGUUGGUCUACGAUCAGCAGCGAGAGGUUUACGUUCAGUCAGUUGUUGCCAGAACGAUGGAGUUGGAGCAGCAGCUGGCUCAGGCCAAGGAGCAGCAGGAGAGCAACAUAAAACCCAGCUCUGAUGCUUCAACCAACAGUCAGGCUUCAGAGAAGGAAUCUGGCUUGAAAGAGCACUAUGAACGGUUGCUUUCAGAUAUGAAGAAAGACCUGGAGAGCGAGAGAGAUCAAACUGCCAAAGCCCAGCAGGAGUCAAAUGUUCAGAAAGAACAGACCUUGAAGGCUCAGGCUGAGCUGCAGCGUCAGAGAGAGCAGGUCAGCAGAAUCCAGGAGGAGAUGUGUGCGCUGCAGAAGAAGUACGAGGACAAGUGCUGCGAGUUGUCGGCCUAUAAGAGGAAAUACGAAGAGAGGGGUAAGGAGCUGGAUGAGACCAAGAUCCAGCUUCAGGCGGAACGACUUGGCAACAGACAUGUAGCGCACGAAGAAAGAAAGGUGUCAUCUGAAAGGACAGACCGGAUGAGAGCCGAUCUGGAGAGGGUGGAAAAACGACUGGACGAGGAGAAGAAGAGAUCUGCUGAGCUGCUGCAGCAGGUGAACAUGCUGCAGAAGUCAAUCAUCGACCAAAAUGAGGAACACAGGAGAAUUGCUGCUCUGGAACAACAGAUUCAGCUCUCUGCCAAGGACUUUGAAAAUGAAAAACUUGACCGUCAGAGCAUGCAGGGGCAAUUACAGAAAGUGCUGAAAGAGCUCCGCAAAGCCCGUGAUCAAAUUGCUAAACUGGAGUCUGCUAAGCAGCAAAGUGCCCGUUUUUCAGAGCCCAGCUCAUAUAAUAAUCUGGAGUUUGAGCGUCUUACUAUUGACGACCCCACAUCCCCGUCUAAAGUCAUCAGCCUCCUGGAUGAGAGUUUCCUGGAGUGUCCAAGGUGUCAAGCUUCCUAUCCGACCAGUCGCCACAGAGAGCUGCUGGCCCACAUCGACUACUGCUUAGCCUGAUGUAGCCUCCUAGAUCGGUAGUUAAGAAAUGUCACAUAGAUCUUAACAAUAUUCAGGCUAAAAAUAUUGGGAUUCCCCUGAUUACCGAUUUUUUAUUUUUUUUUUAAGCCAUUUUAAUAAUUUGGGGAACUGGUUUCGACCUGAUGAGGCUUCUUAUCUUUACAGAACGUCAUGUCAGACACAUGCAGUUUUAUAUUUGGAUUGAAGGGACUUAAAUGUUUUUAUUUUUUUAGGAUUUUACAACAGUUUCCUUUUUUAACAAUUUCAAGCUGGAUCAUCUUUAUUAUAUUUAGCCUUGAAUAUGUUUCAAAGUCCUCCACUUUUUUUUUUUUUUAAGCCAUAGCAGCACUGAUCAUUUAAAGACAGGUGAAGGUUUUCUUCCCAUUUCUAUAUGCUCUUCUUUUGUGGUUCAGAUUUGUAUCGCGUGUUUCAUUGUAUUUAUUCUUGGGUAUCUUAUAGGUUGAGGAAAGUAUAUAUUUUUUUGAUUGAAUUAUGUGUAUUUAAUAUUGCGUAAUCAUGGGGCAUCUAUCUUUUUUUUUUAAACAUCAGAGUUUACAGAUCUUUAUUGUAUAUUAUGCUCCAGUGAAUCAGACUCCUACAGAAUCAUCAUUUCCACUCCAGAUAUCCGUAACUUUACCUUUUGAUCCCAUCGUGUUGUUGAUUAUGCUAUAUCUUGUGUUAAGUGGGAAAAGUGCAGCUGUGAUUGUUUACCAUUUUAUAGUAUUUAAGUGAAGGACAAUAUGUGGUAAUUUUCUACACUCCAGUUGUUUUGUCUAUUUUCAACUCCAUUAACUGGUGUUUACGAUGUCCAUCUAAUUAGCCACAUGUUUUAUUUUAACUGUGGUACCGCCCUAGUGCUGUAGCAGCUGUUCCUUCAAGCUUGUUUCACACGCUUGGAUAAAGUUGCUGAACCAUGACUUGGAUUGUUUGGGGGUUUUUCCCCCCUCCCUAGUUUUUACUUUCUUCAGAUCAAACAGACCCUUAACAAGUAGGCGUGGCGAGCUUUACUAGUCACAUGUGUCGGGUUGUCUGACCAUCCAUCCCUUCAGUCACAGCCUUUGACUUUUUAAAACCUGCAGCCCUGGAAAGAGAUUGCAUGAGUUAAGUCCUUGAACUAAACCAUUUACAGUUGGGAUUACUAAAGGUCUCCUUGUUGGGAGAAAGGUGUGUUCAUUCCUGCCAUCUUGGCAACGAGAUCAGGUAGAUUUAAGGCAGACAGACGGUGCUGUGACUCCAAGGGUUGCUUAUUUUACUUUCACUUGUGUUUUAGUAGAAUCAUCAGGGGAUUCUUUUGUUUUCCAGCUGAUGUUUCUAAGUGAUUUUUGAUGUAUUUUAAUCAUGUGCUCCUGCAUUGUUUUUGCUGUGCUCAGUACUGUCCACAAAUGUGCAAUAAAAAAUAUAAA